AUGUCUGCCGUAUAUCCGGAGGCGGCCAGAGAACGGGACCUGCACAGGUACUACCAGCCCUGGCUCGAUGCCCAGAGCCUCGUAAAUGUCAACAACCAGGGCGCCAGCCUCGCCCUCACCUACAAGGGCUUUCGCGCCCAGCCCUCGCGCGACAAGGCCCUCACGGCCUUCGCCCAGCUGGCUGCCCUGCGCCUGGGCGUGCGCCGCGCCAUGGUGUCUCUCGUUGACGCGCAACAGCAGUACAUUCUUGCCGAAGCCACCAAGACCCUCUCGCUAAUUGACGACCUCCGCCAUGGCCCCGGCGACAGCAUCUGGCUCGGCCAGACCGUCAUUGCGCGACACGACGGCGUUGAAGAGAACCUCUUCGGCUCGAGGUACACUGCCACAGACGAAGACGGAAGCACCUACACCGGCGAGGGUCUCGUCAUCCCCGACCUGCGCUUCGACGACCGCUUCAAGGAUCGCGACUACGUCAAGUCCGAACCCGCCGUCCGUUUCUACGCAGGAGUUCCUAUCAGAACCAAGGCUGGCCACCGCAUUGGCGCAUAUUCCGUGUCCGACGAGAAUCCUCGCCCUGGUCUGACCGUCGACGAGUUCAAGUUCAUGCAGGACGUGGCCACCACUGUGAUGGAACAUUUGGAAAUGGCAAAGGACAGGGAUGAUAGGAAUAAGGGAGAGAGAAUGGUGCGAGGGCUGGCCGACUUCAUCGAGGGUGUGACGAUAGAACCGGACAGUCCUGAACCGGCGCACCUCAGCCCGACAACUGCAUCGAAUCCGUCCGACGAGAUCUUUGGAAGCAGCUCCAUAAUGCGCACCCCCUCAUUCCGUAGCCACUCGUCCACGCUGAAGAGGCAGACUGAGAACUCGCGCAUUGAGGACAAGGAAUUCCCCAAGCCUGUUCGCGGUCCGUCGUUCUCCUCGUCGACCUUGCCAGCGAGCAUGGCGAAACCCGACAGAGCUGAGCCCGAGGAUGACGUUGGUAACGUUUUCUACCGAGCAGCGAACAUAAUUCGUGCAAGUACAUCGGCAGAUGGUGUCGUUUUCUUCACGACUUUCUCGAGCGACAUCCAAACUUCUCCAAACGACCCUCCUAGUGGCCUUGCCGACCCAAGUGAUGAUUCGCAGACCUCUGAUAGUGGACCGCCUUCAAGCUCAGGUGAUCAAAGGCUUCCUCGGAGGUCUAGAAAGUCGCCUGGGUCUGUCUCAAGCAUAUCCAAGGAAACCGUCGCUGCCAUGGAAGGAGAGCAGAACGCCCGUUUGGACAAGAUUUGCGAAGUAGUGGGGCUGUCUUUAGAUCCCUAUACCAUGAGGGAAGAACCACUCACCGAGAAAAGUUUCAAUUUCUCAGAACGCAGCAUGGAACGUUACAUCAAAAGAUUUCCCCACGGCAAAUUCUUCAGCUUCACAGACCAAGGAGCAGGUAUCUCGUCAGAUGAAAAAUCAGACCCUGAGCACAUGCAGGCAAGCCGUGGCGCAGGCUCAACUGCAGAGUACCCUAAAAAGACGAAAAAGAAAGAGAAGCUGAUCCCUACCGAGCUGCUGAAAGUUUUGCCCGGCAUUAGAAGCUUGAUUUUCCUGCCCAUGUGGGAUCCGACCGUCGAACGAUGGGUUGCCGGCGCUUUCAUCUGGACGUCAACGGCUGGCCGUUUGAUGAGCCCGGACAAUGAGUUGCCUUACCUGAAGGCAUUUGGCAACAGCAUCAUGAGCGAAGUUGCUAGAGUCAAUGCACAAAGGGCAGACCGGGCAAAGACGACAUUUAUUGCCUCGAUCAGCCACGAACUGCGCUCACCCCUUCAUGGAAUUCUAGGAAGUGUUGAGUUCUUGCACGAAACUGCAAGCACAACAUAUCAGGCAUCGCUUUUCACGUCCAUUGAAAUCUGCGGCAAGACUUUGCUGGACACUAUCGAUCACGUCCUCGACUAUGCCAAAAUCAACAAGCUGGGGAGAACUCAUAAGAGGAAAAAGCACGAAACUCGCCAUAAGCACAUCCCUAAUGGAACCGACAACUCAGUCAUGGGGGUUACCACCGAAUUCGACCUUAGUGCGCUUGUCGAGGAAGUGGUUGAGGCCGUUUGUGCUGGAGAUGCGUUCAAGAAGGCCCAUGCCGGAGCAUUCCAUGAUUCAGGCCCAGCAAUCAAAGCAUUUCGCUCGACGUCUGACGCGUUUGUCAAAGACUCUGUGGACGUCACGCCAACCAGCGAAGGCAGAGUUACGAUUCUCCUCAACGUGCAUCCUACUGGCGGGUGGAACGUCAAGACGCAGCCUGGAGCUUUGCGGCGGAUCGUCAUGAACCUCUUAGGAAAUGCCCUCAAAUAUACCACUUCUGGACACGUCACUGUGAACUUGUCAGCAUCAAGGAGUAUCGAUCCGACGCGACUUGAAGCUCAUCUCCGCAUUGUGGACACCGGGAUUGGAAUGUCUGUCGAAUACCAAAGGACACGCCUAUUCUCGCCAUUUUCCCAGGAGGAUCCUUUCGCCGUUGGCACCGGAUUGGGACUCAGCAUCGUUCGACAGAUCAUAGAUUCGCUUGGCGGAACGAUAGACGUGAAAAGCACCAAAAAUGUCGGCACUGAAGUGGACGUCUUUCUCACAUUGCCCCUAUCAGGGCAUCAAGCAAAGGAUCCGGAGAGCACUAUCAUGCCUGCCACCAUUUCGACGAGAGGUAUGAGCACCUGUCUUCUCAUCCCUGAGGUCUCUAGGCACCUAGACCCUACUGGAGACGACAAUCGCCUUAUCGCCUCCUUCCGAGAUACCUGCUAUAACUGGUUUGAGAUGGAUGUCAUUGAAUCUACGACGAUGCAAGGCAUUGAUGCAGACAUAUAUUUUGUGACCGAACCGUCUUUGGUGGAUAAAUUGUUCGAGUUUCAUGCAAGCAAGAGUGGCACCGCGCCUCUGGUGAUAGUGUGCAGGAAUCCGAGCGAGGAAAUUGCAUUGAAGGCCAGAGAAGAUCAUCGACUGCAGGCCCUUGGGCGGCAUGUUAAUGUAGUUUCACAACCAUGUGGUCCACGCAAACUUGCAAGGAUAAUAAUGGGUUGCUUAAAGCACAUCGAAGACGCGAGGUCUAAACCGCCAGUCGGCCGAGCGAUCUCAGCGCCAGCAGUUCUACAUGACCAAGAGGCCAGCUACCAAUCUGACGAGUCACCUCCCGUACCUCAUCGCAACUUGGCGAUUCGCAGUAUGAGUGGGAGCGAGGAAGAUUCCGGUCUUGAGGUCCCAGAAAGAUCACUUCUGAGAGAUGCUAUCACCACUUCUUCUGCCAGCUCCGCUACCGCUAUCGCACCGACUCCGUCUGAAAACGCGCUCAACCGCGACCCUAGUUCGAUUGAGAAUCCGCAUCUGCGGAUCCUUGUCGUCGAUGAUAACCCCAUCAACUUGCAGCUCUUGGUCAUGUUCAUGAAGAAGCAUAAAUUUGCCUAUACCGAGGCUACAAACGGCCUCGAGGCAUUUGAACGUUACAAGGAUGCCACGACAACAAUCAAAUCCCCUUCGUACAACCCUUCAAGUACGCGCAAGAGCUUCGACUUCGUUCUCAUGGAUAUCUCGAUGCCUGUCAUGGAUGGCCUUGCAAGCACUCGAGAGAUUCGGAGAUAUGAGCAUGAGAAAGGAGUUAUGCCAGCCAAAAUUGUGGCAUUGACUGGUCUGGCGUCUGCUCAAGCUCAGGAAGAGGCAAUGGGCAGUGGUAUCGAUGACUACCUUCCUAAGCCGGUCAAAUUUGCCGAGCUCAAAAAAUUGGUCGAGAAGAAGAGAGCAAAAUUAUUGAGUGGAGAGACAUGA